AUCAUUCCACACUGACUCCUAGUGCGAUAAAUCACGAUGAGACUGCUCGUAGUUUGUGUUUUAAGCAUCGCAGCUUUCGCUGGUGCUGAAGAGGAUUUCAGUUUCUCAGACUACAUCCAAGUGACGAAAAACGGCAAUGAAAUCACCACCGGCAGAAGUGAUGAUUCGUUCGAAACCACCGUUGAAGAAUACAUGAAAAGUCACGAUGUCACUCUGAAUCUUCCAGUGAUUGGCUCAACUUUGAGUUUCACAGGACGAAACUUGGAUCAGGAUGAAGUCGAUGUUAAGUUUAAGUUCAACACCGGAAGUCAAGUUGAAGCUCGCAAGAAAUCCAAACUGAAGAAAAUCUUCGUCCCCAUCUUUAUCUUCAUUCUUAUUAAAGCCAUGGUGAUGAUACCGUUAGCUCUCGGUAUUCUCGCGAUCAAGACGUGGAAUGCUUUGCAAUUAUCCUUCGUUUCGUUUGUUGUGGCUUUGGCUUUGGGUGUUUGGCAGUUGUGCAAGAAAAUCUCGGGUGAUAAUGCGCAUCCACAAAUUGUUGCAGCUCACAGUCCAUGGGAGGCUCCAGUUGCUCGAGCUUUGGGAGAAGAGGCACAGAAAAUGGCCUAUGCGGCUUAUGCGCCUUUGUAAAGUGUGUGAUAUUGUUGUUAUUUAUUGAGCGUUUGUGAAUAUUAUUUAAUAAAAAUUUUAUUAAAAAAAUGGUUUUGUGAGACUUGUCCGCAAUAAAACACGCGUUGAGUGUG